GGUCCUGAUAAGCCCCGCCCCCAGGCCUUGUAUAUCCGGGGUSUCCGGUUCAUACAGACCCGGUGAAAACACCGGACCGCUAACCGAACMGUGUGGGUUCUGCUCAGACGGACCGCUGGUUGCUGACGUCACUGCGUAAACUGGACCGGGUUUAAGGUUCUGCUGUCUCCAGGAUGGACAUCCGACCCAAUCACACCAUUUACAUCAACAACAUCAACGAUAAGAUCAAGAAAGAAGAGCUGAAGCGGUCCCUGUACGCGCUCCUGUCUCAGUUCGGUCAGAUUCUGGACGUGGUGGCGAUGAAGACUCCCUCGAUGAGGGGGCAGGCCUUCGUCAUCUUCAAGGAGCUGACCGCCGCCACCAACGCCCUGCGCCAGCUGCAGGGCUUCCCCUUCUACAACAAGCCCAUGAGGAUCCAGUACGCCAAGACGGACUCAGAGCUCAUCUCCAAGAUGAAAGGAACGCACAGCGACAAGGAGAAGAAGAAGGAGAAGAAGAAGAAGGCUCAGGAGGCCGCUGCCGCCAGGAAACCAGCAGCUGGUUUGGCUCCUCCCUCUCAGACACCUGCAGCUCAGGUCCCGGACAAUCCUCCGAACCACAUUCUGUUCCUGACCAACCUCCCUGAGGAGACCAACGAGAUGAUGCUGUCCAUGCUGUUCAACCAGUUUCCGGGUUUCAAAGAGGUGCGUUUGGUUCCGGGGAAACACGACAUCUCCUUCGUGGAGUUUGAGAGUGAGACCCAGGCGGGCGUGGCCAAAGACGCUCUGCAGGGCUUCAGGAUCACAGCCACCUGCGCCAUGAAGAUCACCUACGCCAAGAAGUAGUCCCAACUGGACCCUGGGGGGGCGGGGCACAGACUCUGGGGGGUCGGGUCAGGUUCUGGKCUUUAGUUUUGUUGGUGUGAUGAAGUCCAGCAGGAAACUGUUUGGAUCUGAUUUGUUUUGUCAAAUAAAAGAAUAAAAGUUUCAGUUUGUUUCUA